AUGGGUGGCUCUUAUAAGUUAGAGAGAUCUUACUGGGGCACGCACGAGAAGAAGAAGAAGAAGAAGAAGAAGAAGAAGAAGAAGAAGAAGAAGAAGAAGAAGAAGCUGGGCGAGCGAAAAUCACAAUUGGUCUCAGACUCUCAAUGUCCAUUGUCUAAAAACGGGAGUGUCCUAGUUUCCCCCACGCCGUCGAAAAAUCCAUUGGGUUACGGUACCCGUAAGGCAUCAGAAUAG